AUGGCGCGCAUGGCAGACCUUGAGAGGGAGGCCUUCCUCGAAGAGAACAACAUGUCUGUUGCGCAGCAGAGUGCACAUCAGUCUUUCUUUCAAGGGAUCCGAUUCCUCGCGAUCAUGCUCGCAUGCUUCGUGGCCUUCGCCACGACCGGCAUCGUGUUGAAAUCUCGUGCCAGCGGCAUCCUUCCAGCAGCUGCGGAUGCGAGCACCGAGAAGUGGAGCUCAGCCGCAUCAGGCAAACUGAUGGGCGCUGUUUGGAGUUACGAUGUGGACAUGGCCAAGCAACAGCUACAACACGGCGCAAAUCCUGACACCAAAGAUGGCAAUGGACAAUCCGCCCUCAGGGUGGCAACAUCGUAUUACCAAUGGGCGCUUGCGAAGUUGCUCCUUGCAAACGGGGCGAGUGUGGAUAAUCCGAAUAUUGUCGCUGCGGCCGUUUCAAACAUUGAACACGGCCAUGGCGAGGAGACGGCCGCGCUUCUCCUGGACAAGGCGCCGAAGUAUGCCAACAUAGCUUUGCGCAACGCCGCUGGGAUUUGCAACGUCAAGAUCGCAAAGCUGGCUUUGGCAAAAGGUGCGCAGAUCAAUGAGGCUGAUGACCUUUAUGGCGAGAUGCCGUUGCAUCGUGCUGUUGAUGCUGGCGGCUGCUCACACUCAAGUCAACUAAGCAUGGUCAAGUUUCUCUUGGCCAAUGGAGCGCAGGUCAAUGCCACGGAUCAUGAUGGCAGAACACCAUUGCAUGUUGCUGUUAGGCACUACGACCCAAGCAUAAGCAUGGUCAAGUUUCUCUUGGCCAAUGGAGCGCAGGUCAAUGCUACGGCUCAUGAUGGCAGAACGCCAUUGCAUGAUGCUGCCAGCCAGAGUUUCAGUGUGCCCAUUGCAGAGCUUCUCCUGGCGAAAGGGGCGAAGGCAGACGCCGAAGAUGAAGCGGGCUUCACCCCAUUGCACUACGCGACCCAAAACCUUUGCGCGAAGAUGGUGAAGUUCCUCUUGAAAGUGGGAGCACCAAUCGACGCCAGAAGCAAGAACGGCCAUACGCCCUUGCACGCACUAUACUAUCGCUAUUGGGAUGGUUCGCCGAACGAGCAGCGCGAGGCUGUGGAGAUCGCAAAGCUGCUCCUGGCAAGUGGUGCCGAUAUCAGUGCCAAGACAAGCUCCGGCUCUACGCUCUUGAGCAUGGCCCAAAGGAGUGUUCAGAAAGGACCCUACAAGACGUUUGCCAAGUUCGUGAGCGCACAGGCAAAGUAG